GUUGGAGACUUGGAGAACACGAAGAUGACGUUAAGGAAGAUGGAAUAUUCAUAGAAGACUUUUAUUUUAAAAAUAAAAACAAUAAAAUACUUACCUAUAAUUAACUAUACAAUUAUAUAAAUAUAUUUAUAUAUAUAAAGGACCUUGUUUCCUCCUAAAACAAUCACAGCUUCUUAAGUGGACUCAGUCCUCCUUAGCCUAGCUAUACUCAAAACUCAAUUAGUAUUUAAUUAAUCUUCAUGAUUUGAUUUACCUUAAUUAUUGUUGUGGUCUACAGACUACUCAUCUCUAAAUUAAUAAAUGUAAUUAUAAAUAAUUAAUAUAGGAAUAUCUUGGACCAUGCCAUGGUUAUCAAUACCAUUUACCAGACCACAACUCUUUCUUAGUUUCUCUUGCUCUUAUGGCAUCUUUGGCAGGGAAGCUUAUGCAUGCGCUUCACUAUGAUCACUGUGGCACAGCUUCUGCUACUGCUUUAAAGGAUGUUGAGGUUGUGGUGCCUAUUCCAAAGAAGAAUGAGGUUUUGGUUAAAGUGGAAGCAUUGGCUCUGAAUCCAGUUGAUUGGAAAAUUCAGACAGGCAUGUUGCGCCCCAUUUUCCCUCGCAAAUUCCCCCACAUUCCUGGUACUGAUGUGGCUGGAGAAAUAGUAGAGGUUGGACAUGGUGUCACUAAAUUCAAAGCUGGUGACAAAGUUGUAGCUACUCUAAGCCAUGCUAAUGGAGGUGGACUAGCUGAAUUUGUUGUGGCUGGCGAGAGCUGGACAGUUGCUCGGCCAUCUCAAGUUUCGGCAGCCGAAGCUGCAAGCUUGCCUAUUUCUGGCCUCACGGCGCACCAGGCACUCACUCAAAUUGCUGGGAUUGACCUUGAUGGAACUGGCCAGGCGCAGAGGAACGUUUUGGUCACUGCAGCCUCCGGUGGUGUCGGCCACUAUGCUGUCCAAUUGGCAAAGCUUGGGCACACACAUGUCACAGCCACUUGUGGUGCCCGGAACAUCGAGUUUGUGAAGAGCUUAGGUGCUGAUGAGGUUCUUGACUACAAGACCCCUGAAGGGUCAGCUCUGAAAAGCCCUUCGGGUCGAAAAUAUGAUGCUGUGAUCAACUGUGUGACGGGUAUUCCUUGGUCCACUUUUGAGCCUAAUCUUAGUAGGAAUGGGAUUGUUAUUGAUAUCACUCCAGGGCCAGCUUCCUUGUGGACUUUUUCUCUCAAGAAACUUACCUUCUCUUCGAAGCGGUUAGUGCCAAUUAUAUUCGUGAAUACAAAGAGUGAGAAUUUAGAAUAUCUUGUGAAUUUGGUGAAGGAAGGAAAACUCAAGACAGUGAUUGACUCGAAGUAUCCACUGAGCAAGGCUGAAGAUGCUUGGGCCAAGAGUAUUGAUGGCCAUGCUACUGGGAAAAUCAUUGUGGAGCCUUAGGUAGUAGUGGACUCAGAUUAUUUAUCUUAGCAUUGUAACUGUUAUGUAUUUGAAUGGCUUUUGAAUGUGAGGACCAUGGUUGUCCUGCUUGGUAGUAAGUAUUUAUAGUAAUAAUAAGGUAUAGAAGAUUUUAAGAGCUUGGUGGUGGGGGCUCAUUU